AUGUCGAGCCGUCAGCUUCGCAAGCUGCAGAAGCAGCGAGAGCUCGAACAGCUCCAGGAGACCAAGGCGGCCGAAGAGUCCAGCGAAGAUGACGAGCCUGAACCCGCACCUAUCAAGCCCCGCCAGAGCUUGUUCGCAGCCCUAGGUGGCGGCGACGACGACGAUGAUGACGAAAAAUCCGAUGAUGCCCAGGAAGAGACGAAGGCUGAGCCCGAACCCGAACCUGUCCCGCAGCCAGCAAAGAAGAAGAAUAAGAAAAAGAAGAAGAAGGCCAAGAAGCAGGCAGCGCAGAGCAAGGACGAGUCGGAAGAUGAGAAGGACGACGAGAUUGACAGAGCGCUUGAGGAGCUCAGCGCUGCCCGCAAGAACGAGUCGAAUGCCGCGGCCAACCUUGCGCAGCGAAGCCGCGACGUCGACGAGCUUUUGCAGAUCAAUACCCAGUACCUUCGAGCCAUCAACGAAAUGCGCGCGCUGUUCGGAAAGGAGGCUAUACAAACGGCGCAGGAAGAGGAGAGGGCUGAGCUGGAGGCGGCGCGGAGAGCGCAGCGACACACAAAUCAGGGCGUCGACCUCGAGACUGCUCUCCGCGGCGACCCGCGCAAGAAGCUCCCUGAGAUAUCCCUGCGGCGCAACGUCUUUAUCCAAGGCAAGGAGACUUGGCCCCGUGCUACUGCCGUCGGUCUGGUCAUGAAGGAAAUCAAGAAGGGCACGGAUGGUCUCGUGGAGUUCGCCUUUGUCCACGAGCAGGCCUACGACAAUGUACAGAUAAUGUUCUUCAGCUGCGUACAGCUGGGCGAUCCGAUGCAGCUGGUCCAGCUGCUGAUGCGACACCCUUAUCACAUCUCGACCCUGCUUCAGGUGAGCAAGGUCGCCGUGCAAGAUCAGAACCAAGCUCUUGCGGCAGACCUCUGCGAGAGGGCGCUGUUCACGUUCGGCCGGGCUACGACGUCUGCUUUCCGCCAGAAGCUGGAGCAGGGCAAGGCUCGCUUGGACUUCCGCCGCCCAGAGAACCGCGAGCUCUGGCUUGCUGGGUACACAUAUCUCAAGAGUCUGGUCCGCAAGGGAACCUACAGGACAGCGCUAGAGUGGGCGAAACUGCUCUACGGCUUGAACCCCAACGACCCCUACGGCAUGAAAUACUUCAUCCACGUCCUUGCCAUCCGCGCGCGACAGGCACAGUGGCUCGUCGACUUCCUCAACACCCCGGAGUAUGUGUCGGACGAGACGGACGAUACUUACAUCACACAAACGCUAGUCCUGGCCAAGCUGCAACUCGGCGACUUUGAAGGUGCAAAGACGGCCGCUGUGGCUGGUAUGGAGCGCCUCCCGUGGUUGUACUGUGCCAUUUUCCAAGCACUCAACCUCGAGGCGCCCCCUCCCCUCUGGGCUGUGCAGCCUGACACUGACGAACGCGAUUUCUGGACACGGCUCUAUGUGCACCAAGCAAAGGAUAUUUGGAACAACACCCAGGCGAUCGAAGUACUCAAGGAAGCCGUCAAGGUUGCGAAGAAGCCCACAGAGAGCCUCCCGCAAGACAGGCAACCAGACACCCGGACGGCCAGAUGGGUGUGGCUUGAGGAUGCGCCGAGUCUGCUCGGCGGCAUUCCGAGGUCGAUCUUGACGCAGGAGCCCAACUACGCUUUCGACCCGCUGCCGCCGCCGAAGGAGUCAAACAUUUUCACAAGUCAGGGAACGCAGAUGCCCUGGCGCAGCGGACCAAGUGAACGGGAUAUGCUGGCUCAAGAAAGGCAGCUCAUGAACAUGCUGAGGAGACAGCAGGAGCGGGCCGCUGUGAUGGGCGGUGCUGGUGCGGCGGGCGCUGGUGCCGGAGCGAUGAUGGGUGCGUUCCCUGAUGAUGACGAGAAUGGCGAGGGCAAUGCGUGGGAAGGUGAUUUUGUCAUCGACGAUGACGACGACCUUGAGGAAGGCGAUGGACGCCAGCCGCCGUCCGCCGGGGUUGUGGCGAGACUUGCGGACCUGCUGGCGUCCCUGGUACCUGGCGGAUGGCAGGGUGGGCUUCCAGACGAUGACGAGGAAACAGAUCCGGAGGACGACGAGCUGCCGCCGUUGGUGGACGCCGAUGAGGACGUCGAGGACAGCGAGCCCCGGAUGCCUGGUGGAUUCCACUAG